UCAUUAUGAUUUCCAGAGAAACCAUGGAUCCAUAUCGCAGUGUUGACAAAAUGAUAACUUAUUUUUUAAAUUGCGCGCCUUUUACACCAAAUAAUUGGCAGAGUGUUGUAAAGUGCUGCUGCUCGGCCACUCCUUUCGCUUUUUCCAACACCGUUCUUGGUAUACAUUUUCUGAUAAGAAAUAAACAUUGACCAAUAACAAGUUUGCAGUUUCUGAAUUAAAAAUGCCUUAAGACGCGUCUAUACAGUGCCAUGUAGAGUUAAACCAAGUGCCACCCAGUGUGAAAAUGGAGCACCAAUCAAAAGCCAUUGCAAAGCGGCCCGCACAAAGCCGAUUCUAGUCUGGAAGAGAUAGCCCCGCCUCCGACCCAUCGCCAAAAUGUCCAAUGAUGUGCAGGUGGCGCGGGUGGCCAAGAUAGCCACCGACGUGCCUCGACGUGGUGGCAAGCAACGCGACUCUAGCUGCCUCCAAGGGAAGCAGCAUUCCGGCAGCGUGGCUGGUGAGGAUUUCGAGUAUGUUUUCGGCAGCAUUUCGCCGCGGGGAGCAGGGCCCAAUGCCCGCCACUUGGUGGGAUCCUUUGAGCUGGAGUCCUCGCCAGAACAUACACAGCGCGACACUACAACCACGGAGAGCGACAACAACAUAUCCAGCUGCUCCACGCUGGACAUUGUCAACAAAGUUGAGCAACUGUCGGUGCAGCAGCUGGAGAACCGGGUAAGAGACCUAACGCAGCGCCUGCAGCAGGCCGAACGAAGCCUAAAGGAGAGCAAUGCGGAUCGGGACAUAUGUAACAAGCGACUGGAGGUGGUUAGUCAGGCGCACGAGUGCCGCAUUACCGAGAUGCACUGCGUCAUUGCGGAGCUGAGCAAAAAACUGCGCAGCAGGCAGGAACAUAUCAUUGUGGAGGAACAGGAACCCGAAGGCAGUGAGCUGAGUUAUCAGGAGGGUUCAGUGUACAACUCGGAGCUCAACCUCACCAAUCCCGAUGCAGAGUGCCAGACGGAACCCCUAGAGGAUAUCGAAGGCGCCUGCAGUGCCGCCAGCAUGGAUCAAUUUGGGGGAAUUAAACCACAGCAGGAAUUCAGCCAUAAGGGUCAGGUGGAGGCGUUGCAGGAGGAAGUGUUGCAUUUGAGAGCUCAGAUCGCCCUACUGCAGUCCGAGAUUGCCACGAAGGAUGCUGGCGUCGUGGAGGAGCAAACCAAGGUGGCCUUUUUUGGUUGCGAAUCGGAGGUCAAUGAGUGCGGUCAGCGCCUCAACGAUCUGAAUGCUUGCGUCUCCUUGACCAGCCCUCAAAAGAGAGUACCCGCCGUACCGAAAAUGGCAGAGAGGGUGAAGUUGCGCUGCGCCAGCAAAAUGGAACCCGCCGAAGAUGAUGCGUCGCAGGACCAGUACACAUCCUUGAACAAUGAGCACAUUAAUCUGGUGGAGCAUCUGGUUUGUGAACUCAAGGAGCAGAACCUGUUCAUGGAGAGCUUCAUGGAACCAUUGCAAGUAAGUAGGGAGUUGGAGAAACUGCAGCGAAGAGUUGAGCAUUUGGAGAUGCGCAACACCAUGCUGGCGCUGACCCUGGACGAGUGCAAAGAGCACACCGAGCACCUGUAUUUGCUCUGUGGAAAAUAUGAGUCUAAUGCGGUGGCCUUACAGCUGGCGCUUAAUUGCAGUGAUCGAGCCAUCGAGGCCUACGAUGUGAUGCUGGCAUUGCUAGAGAGCAAGUUGGCACUCCUUGGGGAGAAAUCAGCUUCAGAGGCGGAGGAGAGCCGACGUUCUGUGGAGGCGGUGGCCAGGCAUCUUUUAGCCCGACUCGACAGCGAGAAGAACGUGUGCGAGAACAGUCUCGGACCGUGGCAGCACAAUAUUAAUCUAAGCACCGAGGAUGCCCCUAAGACUGGACAUUUCUGGUGCACCGACGACGACAACCGCCUGCGAUAUCAUGUCUCUAAACUAAAGGGACGACGCUCGAGCGUUCAACACACCAUUGUCAGCCUCGAGUCCCCUUUCAGUGAUGUGUACGAAAAGAAGCGGCUGGCCUUAGAAAAGGAGCACGAGCUCCGCGACGAUGACAAGAAAUCGUCCAUCGAUCUUGAGACGGCGGUAAUUAUGCAGGAGCUGCUAGAACUCCGGGAUGCAAACCUCCAGCUUAAGAAUAAAAUGGAAGAGGCCGAGCAGGAGCGACAGAACGCCAACGAGCGGGUGAGCAUCCUUCAUGAAGCCCUUAAGCAACUGCAGGCCAGUAACCGGGUCUCCUACUCGGAGGCGGAGCACGCGGCCCUCACCGAACAGCAGUUAGUAGAGGCUCUGACCCGCGAAACGGAGCUUAAGAGUCGCAUCCAGACACUUCUCGUCAAAGUUACGGCCACACAGAAGGCUUCCGACGAGAAAUACGAGCAGCUUCAGCAGAACGUUCGUGAGCUGCAGAAGUCAAACCAUAAUUUGGGACAAAUGCUGGAGCACAACAAGCGCAAGUACCAACUACGCGUAAAAAAGUUGGAGCAGAAGAUCAUUGAUCAGCGAUUGGAGAACGGACAUACCCAUGUUCCUGAGACGACCCUAUAGGAUGUGUAAGAACGCGCAUGACGGCAUUUUGGGAGUUGCUGAUGCUCGGGCGCAAAGCGGGCGAGCUUGCCACAUAUCCCGCUAAAGAUAUUUCCCUCUCAAUCAUAUCGCUUGUUCUACCCUCAAUGCAAUGCCCAGCCCCCCGCACAGAUUCACUCCUGGAUCCGACAUGACUCAGUCAGUAUCACGAAUGUGCCAUGCGACGAACUGGCAGCCAGCUAGGGCCUUGCCCGCAGAUCAGGCUGCACCCACUAACUACGUACUCGUAUAGUUAUAUAGACAUAAAUACAUAUUCAUGGUGCCAAGAGCAAGGCUCCGAUCCUGGAGCACCCGGCUCUGCGCCACAAGCAAUUACAUAUACACAUACAAACUAAGAAGUUACUCACGACGCAUAUGUACACGGGAAUCCUAUAUUUAUACAAAGUAUUCGCAUUUUGCUUGUUACAUAUAUGCAUUCUAUAUGUAUUUAAAAUUGUACAAAUUAUAACGACUAC